ACUCAGUACCGCCGCAGAAACUCGCCUCGACGGAGCGCCCACGUCCAUGUCGCACAUCAUCGAGACUAUCGGAAUAUUAGCGUGUCUAUUUCUAUUAUUAUCAUACUAUCGGAAUAUUAGCGUGUCUAUUUCUAACUAUCAUUGUAUAACAUCGCAAGCACUGGUUGCUAAGGGUUUUCUACAGAACGGUUUUGACCCUGCAGAAUGUUAUCGGCCCAAGUAGAAGAAAGUCUCGCCUGAAAAUUCGAGUUUUAAUUAGCGUGUCUAUUUCUAUUAUUAUAAUACUAUCGGAAUAUUAGCGUGUCUGUUUCUAUCAUCAUAAUAUCGCAAGCACUGGUUGCCAAGGUUUUUCUUCUGAACGCUUUUACCCUGCAGAGUGUUAUCGGUCCAAGUAGACGAAAGUCUCGCCUGAAAAUUUGAAUUUUUCUAAAACCUUAUCGAAUUUUUCAGGUAUCUUUCGUGUUUUCCUCCAGUUUUCCGUCUCUAUUUGAAGUAGCAUCGGUUAUCCUCAAAAUUUGUAGUGACUUCGCAGGAGAGGCGUUCUCUUCGAGUUUCGCGCGCUCCGUGGUGCUAACCCCACGCGCCUUAUCGGUGAAAGCGGGAAAAAGUCGAACUGUUUUUUCGGAAUUCCUGAUAUUAUUUUAUCAUCGAUUACUAAAAUUUUUUGGAAUUCGCAUGUUGAUGUCCCGAGCUGAAAAUGAAAGUGUUGAGUCUGCAAGCAGAUGAGUUUGUCUUGCACUCUUUCUCUCUCGUAGUUUCGUAGUUCGUUUGUGGCCGGACUUGUGUCAAUUGAUCUCAACCUCCAAGUGCAAAAAUCCGUAGAGGAGUUACCCCAUCCACGACGGGUCAAAAACAGCGGAAUCGAAUCUCUAACGGUAGUCCCUCUAAAGGAUUCUGAGUCCUACCAACUCGUCGAUCGUCAAAGAUUGGUGGAACGUGACUGAUGAGGGAGGCAGGUCGGACAGCGGCAAGGCUCAGGCGUGAAGGGACGACCCUUGGCGGGAGAUCGUGAUGACCCUGCUCCAGCACCUCAAGUCCGGACCCGGCCCGGGAAACGAUGCUGAAAUCUCCGAAAUCCUCCGAAUGAAAAACCAAAAGCGCAUCCAAAAUGUCAUGACAGGCGGCGGCAUUAUCUUCGACAACACGUCCAAGAUCGAGAAAGAGGAGAAACCCUCGAAGACGACUUCGGUGCUGAUCAACGGGUUCGACAACGACCUGAUCAACAGUCUGUUCCUGAAGAACCUCUCGCUCGAGACCUGCGACAAGGGCCGCGGGCGGAAGAGCUGCGACGCGGAAGGCGACGAGUGCCACCUCCCAAGCUCCCUGGCGACCGAGUCGAACCCCCUCAACGACAGCUUCCCCCUGUUGAGCGGCAAGAGCCCUCUCCAACCCCUCCUCUCCUCGCCCCUGGGUGGACACCAGGAGAGCGACGGGAUCCAGCUCAGUUUCCAGAGCCCCCCGAGGAGUCUGAGCCCUGACCCCGCGGAAUCGGAGACAACCGGUUCCAAUGUCACCGAGGCCCCGUCUUCGGUCGGGGCUUUCCCCGAGCGCUUCGAGGAAAGCAACCAGUUGGACUUCAUAGAUUUGUUCAGGGGCGAGAACCCCUUCCUGCCCAAGUUCGAGGCCGACACGGCGACGAGCGCGGAGACUUCGCUGAACAUCUUCGACGCGGACACAUCACAGAAACUGGCCGAGCUCCUCUUCGACGUCCGGCCGAGCUUCAACCUCAAGUCCCCGUUCUCAACAUCACCCGAGUCCAACGACGAGUCCCUCAGAUCCAACCUCAACGAUCUCUCGUCGCUGGAGAAGAACAUCGCCGACAAGGACCCCUUCGCCCCGGUCUCGGGCGACGCGGCCAAGACCGUGUUCAACAUCGCCCCGGCGGCCGGCCCGGCGUCGGCUCUCGUCAAGUUCCCCGGGAAGCCGGGCAGCAGCGAGUCGGUGGACCACAGCGAGGACAAUAAUCUCAGCAGUAGCGGGAGCGAAAGCGACGCGGAGAGCGUCGACGUCAAAGCCCUGGACAAGGCCAAGACCGUGAACAACAUCCAGAUCCUGUCGAAUACUCUCAAGUCGCUGAAGCUCUCCUGUUGGUACUACGAGAACCUGUCGCACCUGGAGGCCAUCAAGCUCCUGUCCUCGACUCAGCCGGGGACUUUUCUAGUCAGGAACUCGAGCGAUUCGAAAUUCUUGUUCACGCUCUCGAUCCAAACCUAUCGGCAGCCUACCUCGAUCCGGAUCCAGUACAACAACGGGAAGUUUUGUCUGGACUGCGAGAACAGCGUCACGGAGACCAUCCCCAAGUUCAGCUCCAUCAUGGACCUCAUCGGCUACUACAUCAAGUUAACCAGCGACACAAUCCACUACAUCAACAACAACGUCGUCAACGAGAACAAACAAGUUCUGAUCGACGAAUACGGGAAGAUAUUCUCCAACAUACUUCUAACCAAGCCACUUUACAGCUCCACCAAGGUGCCCAGUCUCAAACACCUGACGCGCGUGAGUUUAAAUAGGUUCAAAGAGUUCGGCUACUCUUACAAAAUACCCUCGGAAGAGCUUAGGAAAUAUAUGAAUGAGUACCCGUUCACAAUUUAAUACUUAUUUUUCUGAUUGAAGCAGCAAGAUGUUCAAGGUGGUCUUCCUGGUUUAAAAAUGUGGUAUGCAUGUAGACUGAUUACUUCAUUUUGUUACGUUGAGUUAGAGAGCUUUUUUGGGAUGAAAUGAUGCGCUGCCCAGGUGUAGAUGUAAAGUUAGGACUUUUUUUCUUAAAGAAAAUUAGUCAGAAGCUGGAAUUACUCCGGCAGGCAAGUUGGUAUGUUUCGGUGAUCUUAUCAUUUUAUUAGGAAAAGGGAACAUAGCUAAUCGAUUAAUAUGCAUUGUCUCCACACUGCUAAUCAAGCUGUCCACCAGUUUUGUCGAAGUAAUGAACUGUGCCUCCGUAUCACAAAACUUACAGUCAUCGAUUUUGCUCUUGGUACAUCAAAUUUUUUAAAUUUUGAAGCCUUCCUGUGCAUUUUUAGUUUGAUACUGCCUAAGUAAUAAGUUGAUUUUAGGGGUACAGUUUUUUUCUGUUUUCGUCGUACUUAGAAAAUGUGGGUAUGACUUUUUGAAACAAUAAACGAAGCGCUGAGUUUAUUUUGUACAUAGUAACAACUUUAUCAUCGUUCUUGUAGAUUUUUGAGGUCUUGCCAAAGGCAUAGAAUUCUAAAGAAGCCUUUGAGAAAAGCAAUUACUGAUUGUUUUUGUUUUUCGAAGGAACUUCUCACAUUUUUAGGAGAAAAUUUAAGUAAUGACUAAGAAUCAAAAUGGGUAUCUAGCGGCUCUUGUAUAAAGUGAACUUUAACUAUUAACCGGAUUACAAUCCCUAGACCCCUCCCCCCCUCUUGAAACCCCCUGCCUCUGUAACAACUACAGAUUCUCCUAAAUUCCUUGAAAAGGGAACUGAUAGCAAAGCUUCAGUUCACCAAAAUCCAAAUUUGUUCAAGUGUUACUGAUUGAGAAGUCUUACCAAACCUAUCUAUAAAAUGCUGCCCUCACUAAUGAAGAUGCACCUCCAUUUGAUUGUUGUAAAUCUUUGGCUAAAAUAUUUCUUUCAAGAUAACAACAAACUUUCUCCUGCAAAUGCCUUUAUUGUAAUGAUUCAUUUUCACAUGUAAUGAAUCAUCAAAUUCAAAGGAAAUUGCUUCCAAGAUUUCCUAUGUUAAACAUAACUCCAAGGCAACAUUUUAAUGUUUUCAUGUUGACUUGAAAUGUUUGCUGAGCACGGCAAACCAGGUUGGACUGCGUUGAUACGCUCAUUUUCAGUAAUCCUUGGUAUCUGCUUACCAAAUAAGUCGCAACACAUCAAUGUGUUUUAGGAAAUUUACUAUUUUUACUGGAAUACAUUAGUUCUUACGAAUGUAUUUUAUAUACCUAUUUUGUAUUUUUUUAUACAAGAGUUCCCCCUCUCCUUAAUUGUACUGCUGUUUAGAGUAAGGAGCAUAGAUAUUGCGGUGAAACCAUCCGCAAUGGUAACAUUUACCAAAGUAUUUUGUUUAUCUUCUAAAAAUUGAACUGUCCUCUUUUUGUACAAAAUUUAAUAUUUUUAAUUUAUAUCUACUUACGCCACUAGAUAAUACUUGUUCCAAAAAUUUUAGGUUUAGAGUUCAAGUUGGUUUAUACUGGAUAGGUUAUUAUUUUUUCCUUGGUGAGCAUGUAAUUUGUGGUUUCUUCUUAUUUAAUCUAAGGCAGUGGUUUCCAAGUUAAGUACAUACUUUUCAAGAAGAUAAUACAGAUUCUAAUCAGAAUGUAAUUGAAUUGAAAGAACUACCCUUUUUCCCCAAUUUAUUAUUGUCAUCUUGUCUAACUUUUUUUAGAAAACUAUGCUGUGAAAGAAAGGUAUUGAAAAACACCAAUGUCUCCCACCUUUCUCUCACUAAUCAAAUUGUGACUUGCUUUUCUUGCGCAUUUCUUUCCCUGAAAUCCGUACAGCGCAGUAGCAGUAUUAUGCAGAAAUGUUUCUCCUAAAUUAAAUUAAAAUGUUCCUCUGUCUGUCAAUGCGACUGAGUCAAAGAUACAAAAUUCCACCGUAGACGAACAGACUGAGGUACAAUGUCAAAAUUUAGUCCCUCCCCCUUGUUUUCCUCUUCUUUUUGGAAAUUUGAGAAAAGGAAUUCACGACAGUUUGGAAACCACUGUAGUAGACACAAGUAGAAAAAUUGCUAACUGUUGUGAUUUUUUAAAAUUAAUCUCUAUGCCCUCCUCAAAAUUUGAUUGAAAUCCAGAGGUCAGAUGUAUAUUAAAAGCUUGCAGAGGGAAGAUUUAAUUGAUAUUCAUCGAAUAGUUCUGUGGACGCUUCGAACAGCACAUGUGUUGAUCAAUGCAAAAUAAGAGGCCAAAAUUAGUCUUAAAUAACAUCCUACCAUGUGUACCUGCAAAAACAUGAGGUAAAUGUAAUGCCCAUGGGUUCAAAGUAGGUGAUCAAAAUUACUCCAAAUUUUGGUCUGUAAAAGCCAUAGGACAUCAACAUACCUACUUAAUCCUAAUUUGUUGAAGGCCGGUGAUUAGCUUCAGAGGAUAAAGAUUAUUUAGGCGCUGUUGGCACAGAGCAUCCUGUAAAUGUGUUCUAAUCUAAGAAAAAGUGUUCAAACCAUUCCUGUAGUCAGCCAAAAUUGUAAUUAUCUCUUGUCUUUUAUUUUGAAUGUAAAAGUGAACCACCAGACAAGAUACCAAUGCAUUUCAAUGUGUGUUCCCUCUUCGAAAUUUCAUGUAGAACACAAUUUGUGCAACUUAAAUUAGGCGCACGAAUUCCCAACCAAGAUAUUGAUCGCAACAAAUUUGAAUUGCCCGCUCACAAGAAAAAUCUGAGUCCACUUGAAUCUCAUACCGCUCCAUAACAGUUCUGGCAGGUUUCUCAAUAAGUGAGGAAAAAAAACUAAGAAGUGGCCCGAACUGUAUGUUGUAACAAGCUCGUAUGCAUUGAAAAAUGUUAGUAUCUUGGUUAGGACUUACUUUCAGUAAUCUUAUCGCAUAAGUUUGUGUUCUAUGUAAAUUUUGAUGCGAAAAAAUUGUUCACAAUGCUUAAAUUAGCAGCUAAUGUAGUGGUCCAUUGGCAUAAAAAUGAGGAUCUUCAUUUUGCAUAAAAAUGAGGAUCUUCAUUUUGCAUAAAAAUGAGGAACUUCAUUUUAUUUUCCUCAAUUUGCAAUCUUAGCUUUUAGUGGUAUCAAUGUGAGGUUGAUGGAAAAGUCAAGUAAGCAUUAAAUACUAAUCUUGCCAUUCGAUGUAAUCAACUAAGUUGGUUGUAAACUAAAUUCUCGAUGUGCAUAAUCGUUCAGAGCUAAUCUUAUGAUAACCUUGCACCAAAAGUCCAUUCCAAAGUUAGUCCCAGGCAAAAUCAUUUCAGAAUGAAUUGUUCUGCAAGAGAAUUAUGUGAUGAUGCUUCAGUUCAUGAGCAUCUCAUCCUUACUUUUUUCAGAAUUUCUCUUUUGUAUGGAAAAGAUGAGACCAAUGCAUCAUCCCCUCACACAAAAUCACCUCCUGCAAUGCUUCAUACUUUUUAGUUUGAAUGAGGAACUUGUUAGCAAUGUCAGACAUUUUUUUUCGCUCAAAAUUUUUACCCUCUUCAAAGUAAGUAGCUCUGCAUCCCCUCAUCUAUAAUUAAACGUGUAACUUAUUUGUCAUCUCCUGCUCAAAGAAAUGUAUCUUGUCUGCGCUGUUUCAUUUUUUUUGUGAAAUUUUUAUUUUGAUGGGUGAAGCGUGGCACUAAUUUUAUGAAAAUAUUAGUCUUUUCUCUCUAGCGCAAAGAAAAAUUACUGAAAGUUUUGAGGCCUGUUCAGCACCAUUGAGAUACGUUCCUUUGUGCAGGAGGCGACGUAUUGUGAGCGACAAUUAAGGAGCUGGAUACACCAGGGGCAUUUCUCUGACUACUAAAAUGGACUACAACACAAGCUGGAAUCUAUUUUCCAAUGUUGAUAGAUAUACUCAUUACUUCUCAUGAUGUUUUAAGCAUAAAUUUCCAUUAUUAGACUGCCCUAAACCGAUUAAUUAGUGAAAUGUCCCUGUUGCAACCAGCAUCUCAGUUUGUCAAUAAUUCUCUGCAUAAAAUUGAGACUUUUAUGUACCUCACUCAACAUUAUCCAAUUCACAGAGAGCUUAUUCAAAUUUCUACUUAAAAAUUUUCUCUUAAUAUCCUUUAAGUCUGCACCUGAAUUCAAGCGUGUUGUAAGAAGUAUUUAAUUUGCAAAUUUUGUGAGUGAUCAAAAAUUUAAAGAAUUCUGACCGAGUACUAUAGUUUGAAGCCCAAAGGAUUGAAAUCCUAUUUUACUAAUGCAGAGUUUCUUUCAGGUUGAUGUCUAAAUAUUAUCACCAAUAAUCACAAAUCUACCUGCGUGUAAAACUUGAUAGCCAUAUGUUACUCUGUAAGUAAUUUCACGCAGAAAUUGUGAGUCAGGAAAUUUUCGAAUCAGAUAGCAGGCAGUAGUGUCAUCAAUAUUUUCUGUGGUAAUCAAAGAGACCAAAAUGUACGGUCCUUUUUUGCCAAAAGGCAUGGCAUUAAAUGUGAGGAAUUUCCUUCAACUUGAAACUACAAAACCUGUUCCAGUGAUUUUUAUAAUAGCGUACCUUCAUACGUGUACUACCUCUAGUGCUUUAAGCAUACUGUAUUUAUUCUAAUUUCUUCUAAGCAUUUUUUUUGCUAUUUCCGAAAUUCUGUGGCUCUGAUCAAAAUUGUUUGAACUCUCGGCAACCUACUAUUGAUUUGUAGUUAUGUUUUAGUCAUAAACUUUUUAACCUCUCAAAAUAAAAUGAUUUGUUGAAUUUCAA